AUGUGUUCGGGGCUGGCCCCGGCGGCCGGCCGGCCUGCGGUCGAUUCAGACGUGAGGUCAGACUCACAGCCGGUGCCUGGUGCGAUGUUGGAUGGGAAACCGGUUCACAACGAGGCGCAAGAGCACGAUCGAGUCACGCAACACACUGCGCACGCUGACGUGAGCCCUUGCACCGCAGCGACCUCACAGGGAGAGCACGAUGUGCUUCAGUUCACUCACUAUUGA